GAAGAAACGCCGGGGACGCUGCGGUACAACACUUCGAGCCCACCGUGGAUGUGGGUGGGUUGGUUACCGAACUCCCUCCGCGCCGGCAGUGUCCUGAACACACAGCAAGAGGUAACCAAAACAAAAGAAAGGUCUCGGGGUACCUCAGUCGGAAAGGGCAGCAAGGAUGAAGCACAGGGCGAGCACACUGCUGGCGCUGACGUGGGCGGCCAUGUGGGGUCUGGUUCUGGCCACGCCCGUGAAUCACAACCACGGACAGGCCGCCAACCCCCCCGGAAGCAAGCUCUUGUACAUUAUGAUGGAUGGCUUCCGUUGGGACUACGUGGACCUGCAGAGCCCUAACGUCCUCCCGGGUUUCACCAAGUUCCUGAAGGAGGGGGUGAGGGCGCGCUGGACCCACCCGCUGUUCCCGUCCCUCUCGUAUCCCACCUGGACGUCGCUGGUGACGGGGCAGUACGCCGAGACCCACGGCGUCGUCGGGAACUACUUCUACGACGGAGACACCAAGGAGGAGUUCUCGCUCUUCGACGCAAACUCCACCGGGAAGGAGAAGUGGUGGACCUCAGAGCCCAUUUGGACCACAGCCGAGCGUUCUGGUCUUCGCACAGCACAGUUCCUCUGCUCGGUGACGUCUGUGAUGGCAUCGACUCAGUUCUGCGAGCGCUUCGAAAAGAUACCCGGCAAGGAGAUUUUUGAGCGGAAUAUCAAAAGGGCUUUGCAGAAGUUUGACGAAGGAUUCCAGUUCGUGCAGGUCUACACAGAACACACGGACAACACAGGCCACAACUUUGGGCCCGAUUCCGAAGAGGUCCUCCAGGCAGUGCGAGAUCUGGAUGAUGUCUUGAGAAUGCUGAUGGAGGAGAUUGAGAAGAGAGGGAUGACCGACCAUGUGAACAUUGUGAUAGUAAGUGACCACGGCAUGACAGACACGGCCCCUGGCAACAUCAGACGCCAUGAGAUCGACGACUAUCUCGACGCAAACCUCGUGGAGAACAUUGCCGACAAAGGGGCUCUCAUGAACAUCAAGCUACCUCAACAGAAUGUGGAGAAGGUGUAUGAUAGCCUGAAGAAGAUGACUGGAGUGAAUAUAUAUAAGCAUAAUGACAUUCCGGAGAAAUAUCAUUACAAGAAUAAUAAAUAUGUCCAUGAGAUUGUUGUAACGGCUGAAAAAGGAAACUUUGUGUUGGCAUCCAAGUCCGACAAGCAGUUACCUGCCCGUUCUGACUAUGUGUACUAUGGUGCUCACGGCUAUGACCCAGACAUACAGGACAUGAAGGGAAUCUUCUUUGCUAAGGGUCCAGCCUUCCAGAAGGGUAAAGUCAUCGAACCCAUCCACGUUGUUGAUGUGUACCAGGUGCUGACUCAUGUGCUCGGCCUGACCCCACAGCCCCACAAUGGCACUUGGAGUCACGUUCAAGAUGCCUUCGUUCAGAGCAUGCCGGCAUCACACGACGGCCGAGUCAGCAGCAGUCGGCCAAUGCAGCACCCAGUUUGCAAAUGGCUUCCUUAAGUGGUAUUUUGGCCGCAGUUGUGCUGCAUUUCAGAUUUUAAAGUCGAAUCUAGUGGAAGAGUAUGUGUAUUUUUUUUUAUUCUUUAGACUUUCCUUAAUUCUAUAGUUUGUGACAUUGACAGAACUACAGUUUCUAAAACUUGAUAACAACUAAGGACAUUUUUGUCUUGAUUUACAUGUUAAAAAGAUUAACUGAUGAUUGAUUUAAAAAAGGUUUUCAUUAUCCCAAAGAUCAGAAAACUUUAAAAACAUUCUUUACAGGGUAGUUCAUUAAAAGGAAUGAUAUGGUUAUGUAUAGUACAAGGAUAUGAAAUUUAUUAUAAUUUAGACAUGUUUAAAUGGAAUAAAAACAUUGAAUGUA